ACGCAGGAGAGAGGGAGAGGGCCACACAGCAGCACCGCCGGCCAAAAUAAACCCCGAGCUUGCAGAGGGAGAGUGAGAGAGGGCUUCCAGGACGAAUCCGUGUUCAUUUCUGCAGCGUUUUCUGGACUGUGUAGUCUUGCGCUUUUGCUGCCAUUAGUCGCCAGGCUGCAGGAGAUAAAGCUGGGGGAGGACUCGCCUCCUAAAAGCCCGAUCGGUCGGUGGCGGAAGGGACGUGAUAUGAACCCCUUGUCGGCUUGAACGGCAGUGCAGCUGAAUAUCCGCGUUUUUCUCAAGGAUCAGAAGGACAUUUACACCUUUCACCUGCAGCCGAAGGCCCGAGAAAUACCCGCAGAACCUGCAGCGAUGCCCGGGUUUGAUUACAAGUUUCUGGAAAAGCCAAAGAGACGGUUCCAGUGUCCGCUCUGCAGCAAGGCAAUGCGGGAGCCGGUCCAAGUGUCUACCUGUGGACACCGUUUCUGUGACACCUGUCUACAAGAAUUUCUAAGUGAGGGCGUCUUCAAGUGUCCAGAGGACCAGCUGCCACUGGACUAUGCCAAGAUCUAUCCAGAUCCAGAGCUGGAGCAGCAGAUCCUGGCUCUGCCCAUCCGCUGCAUCCACAGUGAGGAGGGCUGCCGCUGGACCGGCCAGAUGAAGCAGCUGCAGGGCCACUUCUCCACCUGCGCCUUCAAUGUGAUACCCUGCCCCAAUCGCUGCUCCGUCAAGCUGACGCGCCGCGACUUGCCCGACCACCUGCAGCACGACUGCCCCAAGCGCAAGGUCAAGUGCGAGUUUUGUGGCAGCGAGUUCACCGGUGAAGCCUACGAGAACCACCAGGGCGUGUGUCCUCAGGAGAGCGUUUACUGUGAGAACAAGUGUGGGGCAAGGAUGAUGCGUCGUCUGCUGUCCCAACACAGCAUGGCCGAGUGUCCCAAACGCACACAGCCCUGCAAGUACUGUGGCAAGGAGUUUGUCUUUGACACAAUCCAGAACCACCAGUACCACUGCCCUCGGUUUCCUGUCCAGUGCCCAAACCAGUGCGGCACACCCAACAUCGCCCGAGAGGACCUGGCUAACCAUGUGAAGGACAACUGCGGCAGUGCACUCGUUCUCUGCCCCUUCAAAGAUGCCGGCUGCAAACACAGGUGCCCCAAACUGGCCAUCGGUCGUCACCUGGAAGACACCACUAAGUCUCACCUGACUAUGAUGUGUAACCUGGUGGGUCGCCAGCGGCAGGAGAUCCUGGAGCUGCGGAGGGAGAUGGAGGAGCUGUCUGUCAGCCACGACGGAGUCCUCAUCUGGAAACUCAAUGAUUACUCGCGCAAACUCCAGGAGGCCAAACUCCGAAGCAACCACGAGUUCUUCAGCCCGCCCUUCUACACUCAUCGCUAUGGCUACAAACUGCAGGUGUCAGCUUUCCUAAACGGUAAUGGCAGCGGCGAGGGCUCCCACCUCUCCGUCUACAUCCGCGUGCUACCCGGAGAGUACGACAACCUGCUGGAGUGGCCCUUCUCCUACAAGGUGACUUUCUCCAUCCUGGACCAGAGCGAUCCGUCGCUUUCCAAACCCCAGCACAUCACCGAGACCUUCAACCCCGACCCCAACUGGAAGAACUUCCAGAAGCCCUGCAGCAGCCGCAACUCGCUGGACGAGAGCACCCUGGGCUUCGGCUACCCCAAGUUCAUCUCGCACGAGGAGAUCAAGAAGAGGAACUACAUCCGAGACAACUGCAUCUUCAUCAAAGCUUCUAUAGAGAUUCCCCAGAAGAUAAUGGCUUAAGAUCCGAUGUUUUCUUUUUAUGAAGGAGAAAGAUAGGUUAAAGACUGGAACUGACAGUUAACCUUGAAAACUUCUACACACUUACCCUUUAGAUACUUUCUGCCCUUACAGCCUCUCCACCGCAGAGCUUGAAGCAAGUCUGUUUGGCUGUGUGAGCUGACUUGGAGGACCUUGAUCUACUACAGAGGAGAAAGUGUUUGGUCUGCAGAACCAUCACUCUCUGGUGUUUUUUUUUUUUUAUCAUUUUUUAAAAAAUCUGUUUGCUGACCUUUUAUCACAGUCUACAACACAAAGCCUUGGAAAUCAAACAGUGCCUAGAGAGUUUAUCUUAAGUUAUAUUUUUGUUGUUAUUUCUGCAGUACAGAUGUUAAAGAUUAUGGAAACGAUAUAAAAUAAAGGUGAAGGGCUUCACUAAGCCUCUGCACUUAGAGUAGAGAGAAAGUUAGAGGCUGGUUAGGGACGUCCUGUUUUAUCUGGAGUGAUCUAAAGUGGAAGCUCAGCAGACUCACGCUCAAGCCCAACUGCCUUUUGUUUACGUGCUCGUUCAGUAUACUCCCACUGAUCCUUUAACAAACACAGAGCCCUUGGUAAGAGACUGCACGUGAGGUUUGUGUACACACAAACAAAUAAAUCGAUGUUUUCGGGUGAAUCUAGUGGUUUAAAGGAAUAAUUCAACAUUUCUUGUCGAGACUUAAAUGAGAAGAUCGACACCACUAUUGUACAGACACCACUAUCUGUCUGUACAAUGGCAAGCUACAGCCAUCAGUCAUUUAGCCUAGCAUACGGAUUCAACUAACAAGGUAAAACAUGGUAGCAAAUGAAUUUCAGAGGUUUGGACAGAACCAUUUCUAAUCUUUAUGCUAAGCUAAGCUGAAUGACUGCCAGCUGUAGUUUCCUAUUUAAAAACUACAGCCAGUUUGACGUAAGGGGGAAGACAUUCUCUGUCUUACCAAGAGUUAGAUUAAAAGAUCCAUAACACUCUCAUGUCCGUAUGCUUCAGGAGCUCGCUGAUGUAUUAAACAAAGACUUCAUGGUGACCCUAUGAGGCUUCGUAUCCAUUGUGGGGUCCACCAGUAGGAGGAAAAAAAAAGCACCUUUCGUCGGUCUUCGGAUGAGCAGAGCAGACAAAGAGGCCAGCUGUCUGAGUACAUGUGCAUUUAAUAGUGAAGGAAAAGCCAUGUGGCCUUUUUAUACAGUAUGUCUUCGCAUGAGGGUUUUAGGGGUGAGCAGGGCAACAUAAACACAUGCAUGCUUCAUGUGCUACCACCUGGACCACAUUUUUGUACUGUAACCUGUAUUCUUGAAAUCCUCUCCCAUUGAUGGCUAUUUUGUCUCUUUUUUUUUCGGACCAUUUUGAAAGUUGACGAAUUGUCAGAAAGAAUUGAUUCUUUAAUUUUUUUUUUUUUUUUUUAUAUAUAUAUACAGAAAAUGUGAACGCUGUUGGUAAUGUAACCUAUAAAGACAAUGAACACUUGGCUGUGAAGUGUAUUGUUUUAGCCUGGGCUUGGAUGGUGCACAGAGGCUGUUUGAAAAAGUGGUUAAUGACAUGGUCUCUGCAAACAUGUGGGUGUUUCGGGACUGACUGUUGUCUAUCUUCAGGCCGAGAAACAAUGUGGCGACGAGGAUGCCGGGUGGAGGGAGGCAGCCCUGUGCAAACGCGAUACACCUGUCUCCAUCACAGCACCAUCAGAGGGAUGGAGGACUUUGAUGAUACAGUACACUCAUGAUGUAUGUGAAUACUAAUGUAAAAAUGCAGAAGCACAUUCUGUCUUUUUAUUACUAUACAUGGAAAAAAAUCCUGAUUUCUUGUCAUAAUACCAGCUGAUAUUUUACAGUGAUUUAAAGAAGUGAGAAGAUAAAAACUUUUUUGUAAGAUUCUGUAUUUUUAAAAAUGCUUAGCUGUUUUAUACAAACACUUUUCGUUGGAGAGUCGGGGUUGACUUUGGGAAUUUUCAGACCCUUUCGUCUCUUGGACAUUUGGAUAAUUUGUUUGUCCGUGUGGUUUGAGCCUCACAUAUUCUGUCUGUAUUAUUUCCUCUUAAAAGUAUUUAUUUUAAGGAGCCGUUGUGUGAAUUUGCACAGAUGGCACAAAUGUUUUAAUAUGUUGACUGAUGAGUGCUUGUCAAUUUCUUAAUUGAAAUAAAAUACCAUAUAUUAUUAUAGUUUCACCUGAUUAUAUUUUCUUUACAGCAGGUAGCCAGCACAUAUCACGUUUGUGAACCAGAGCACGCAAUUAUCAA